AUUAACGAGGUGGUGGCGGCCGAAGUAACUUCUGUCGGGCGGUGUCACCGGAAAAUUUAAUGUCACUGGAAUGUGGCGGCGUCACUGUGGCCAGCGGCGAUAUCCGACUGGCGGCGGUAACUGGCGGGAAGAGGUUGUCGAUGUCACUGUAUUUGUGUCACUGCAGGGUGUUAGUGUAGCUCGUUGCUGUAGUUACUACAUACUACUCACAUUUUUGGAAUUUAAAAAGGUCACUUUUGUGUCUAUGGUCAAUUUAUUAGUAAUAUUCUAGUAAAACCCCCCUAUAAAUUACAUGGUAGAAUAUUUCAUGGUAAUAUUGGACUGAAGAAACUAUUACAGGGACACGUGAAUGAAUUAUCUACUGCAUCAUGCUUACGGUAGUCCACACUUGUCUCGCCACAAGCCCGUCCGCUUCUGUCGGCGACGCUUUUUGUUCUCCUCCGCGAACCACCUACUUCGAACCCACGCGCCGCUGUCAGAGACCCCCCCUUAGAAAUGUCAACUGCCGCUAUUCUUCCUCUUGCGCCAAUCACUAGUACCCACCUCCGUUCACAUGCACCGCAGAUCACCCGAUUCCUCCCCCACGCCUCCUCAUCCAUGAACCUCCUCCGACCACUCCUCCGCCGCAGCCAUCUCCGUCGUCUCUCCGUCUCCGCCGCCGCCGCAGUCCGUCAGGAAAGCACCGUCUGGACUCCGGCCCCUCUCUCGACUGUCUCUCCCGCGGCCGAGUCGCUCUUCCACGUUACCAUCGACGUGUCCGACUCUCCUGACCUCGCGGUUUCCCAUACCAAGGCUGGGCAGUACCUCCAGCUCCGCGUCCCAGACGUCGAAAAGCCUUCAUUCCUUGCUAUUGCCUCCCCGCCGACCCUUUCUGCCGCGAAGGGCGUCUUUGAGUUUUUAGUGAAGACCGUCCCUGGCUCGACAGCGGAGCUUCUGUGUAAUCUCCAAAAAGGAGACGUGGUGGAGCUGAGUUCGGUGAUGGGGAAAGGUUUCGAGAUUGAUCUGAUUUCUCCGCCAGAGAAGUAUCAGACUGUUCUGAUUUUCGCCACCGGGUCUGGAAUAAGUCCUAUUCGGUCUCUGAUUGAGGGAGGAUUUGGUGCUGACCAAAGAUCUGAUGUGCGAUUAUAUUAUGGUGCCCGUAAUCUAGAGCGAAUGGCUUAUCAGGAUAGGUUUAAAAGUUGGGAGUCUAGUGGAGUUGAAGUUGUGCCAGUAUUAUCUCAACCAGAUGAUUUUUGGGAAGGAGAGCGUGGCUAUGUGCAGGCUGCAUUUGCCAAAGCCAAAAAGCUUUUUAGAGCACAGUCAACCGGUGCAGUCCUUUGUGGACAAAAACCAAUGGCUGAGGAGGUAACUUCUAUACUUAUAGCUGAUGGCGUCUUGGCUGAAAAGAUAUUGAAGAAUUUCUGACCUCAGAAUUUAGAACCAGAUUGUUGUAUUACUAUUGAGUUUUCAAUAGCAACAAAAAAUUAAUUUGACCUGGGCAGACAGCAUACUGCAACUUUUUUGCACAAAGUUUGGUUGCUGCAUUCACAUUUGAUCUCAAACCGACCACAAGGUAGUGAUAGAUGCUCGGAGUUUGUAGGUGCAGACUUUAUACUCUUCAUUUUUGCCGUCUGUCUAUUAUCAUAUGAACUGAGAUGGAGCACAACUUUGAUCCAAUAUAGAAAUAAUAAUAAUAAUUAUAUUAUAUCGUAGUACUACAUUCUUUGUAUUGAAAAAAGAGUCAGAGUUUUGUAUGUACAUUUGAAAUAUUUGUAUCAGAAGUUUUGUGAUGGAUAUUCUGUCUUGAACAGAAGUUUGAAAUUGUAUGAGUGUUCAGGUACUUCAAACGUUUGUAUUUGUGGUUUGUUUCGUUAAUUGCCAGUAUCAUUUCACUCUUUAGAUUAAGAAC